AUGGCUCACCGGCUCCCGGAUCCCGAAUCGGAGCUGGAAUCGGUGUUCCCGCGGGAGGACGGGCUCUUCGCCGACUCUUACUCGGAGAAGAGUCGGUUCCGGUUCUGCGGACACGAGUUGAACAUCACGCAGAACUUCGGGUCCCGCUUGGGGGUGGCAGCGCGCGUGUGGGACGCGGCUCUGAGCCUGUGCAACUAUUUCGAGAGGGAAAAUGUGGAUUUCCAAGGCAAGAAAGUGAUUGAACUGGGCGCUGGCACGGGCAUCGUGGGCAUCUUGGCAGCGCUGCAAGGAGGGGAUGUCACCAUCACUGACCUGCCCGUGGCCCUAGAGCAGAUCCAGGGAAAUGUCCGGGCCAAUGUGCCAGCUGGAGGCCGGGCCCAGGUCUGUGCCUUGUCCUGGGGGAUUGACCAACAUGUAUUCCCUGGAGACUUUGACCUGGUGCUAGGGGCUGAUAUCGUUUACCAGGAACCCACCUUCCCUCUGCUGCUGGGGACCCUCCAACACCUGUGCGGGCCCCACGGCACCAUCUAUCUAGCCUCCAAGAUGCGAGAGGAGCACAGGACAAAGAACUUCUUCCAGCACCUCCUGCCCCAGCAUUUCCAACUGGAGCUGGCCCAGAGGAAUGAGGAUGAGAAUGUCAACAUCUAUAGAGCCAAGCACAGGGAACCAAGACCUGCUUGAUGUCUGCCAUUGAUGCCACUGAACUGCUUAUCCCAGUGAAGAAGCAGUCAGCCCCUGAAGCCCUAAACCAAAGA